UUAAAGACAUUGUUUUGUUUGUAGUUGGUGGAAAGUCGGAUAAUUAGUAAUUGAAUGAAUUGAAGUUCCGGCUAAAUUCGAUGAUUAUGUGAGAAAAACCGAAAUUGGACAGUGCGGUUUUGAAAGUGUUUAUGUAGCUGUCACAACAAAUGCACCCCUCGACUGUUUUGUGAGGCCCAGUGUCUGAUAAUAAACCGUAAAUUAAAUAAAUUGCGAGCUCGAAGAGGAGUUUUAUCAAUAUGACUUACAUAAUAAACGAUUGGACUUUUAAGAAAAAGAUUUGGUACUGUUGAUGGAGUGGAAAUGAUCAGUACUUUAUUUAUGGUACCUAAACACUUUAUGCAACAGUUUCUAGUAGUUAUGCAGAGAAAAUGUGCUCUUCCCUUAGCAUUUGAUGCUGGUUUGAAAUGGGGGACUAUGUAUUAUGUCAGGCUACCCAGUCAUUUAAACCUCCACCUGAUGAUAAAUCAUCCAUCGAAUUUAUAAAGGAUGAUAUAAUUAAAAUUAGGGCCGACAACUAUUUUUCCAAUAAUUCUGAUAAGUUACGCAGAAGGUUUUGGGCAUAUAAUUUAAGAACCGAGGCUACAGGAUAUGUGCCAGAGGAUUGUCUCAAGUUAAUGCAAUCGAGUAUCGGCGAGUCACACUAUUACAAUACGCUGGAGGUGCCGCUCGCAGCUUUGGCCGUCCAAGAUCCCGAACUGAGGCAGCCGCACUCGCACAAGUUGACCGAUGUGUUUUUCUUAACACCAAUUUUGUGCAGGCAUUGUAACGACUACAUUUGGGGCCAGGGCCGUGUUGGUGUCAAGUGCAAAGAUUGUCACGCGUGUUUCCACAACUUCUGCGCCCGCUACUUCUCCAAAUAUCCAUGCCAGAAGAACAAGGACGCUCUUCCGCCGGCCACACUCGAUUAUGACAAGCCGAUAUCCGAAUGGACAUCAACACACGUGGUAGAAUGGAUGGCCGCUCUAAAUCUUUACGUUUACUCGGACGUGUUCCGAUGUAAGGACAUUAAAGGAUCCGAUCUAAUAAAUCUAGACCGGGAGAAACUAAUUAAUAUGGGAAUAAAAGAUGAGUUCCAUCAGAAGGCACUGUUAUCCUGUAUAGAUGAGCUCAUAAAAAAACCGGACAAUAAUAAGAUGACAAAUGAGAAAAGCGACGACAACAACUAUGAUCAGUAUGCCCACAAGCUGACGCAGCACAGCUUCAGUUCGAUGGAAAGAUGCGACAAGUGCAACAAGUACUUGAGAGGUUUGCUUCACCAGGGCUUCAUCUGUCAGGACUGCGGACUGGUGGCGCACAGGACCUGCGCAGCCACCGGACUACCGUCCUGCACGACGCGUCCGGGCGACGACAAGCAGCACUACAUCCAAUUCAAGUCGUUCUUCGGACAGGGGCUGUGCGUCCAGUUCAACGUCAACGAAUCUCCUGCGCCGGCCCUCCUCAUCAAUCUGACCAAGGAGCUGGAGCUGCGGGCCAAAAACGACCCCAAUCUGGAGCUGUACAACAUCUACAGCGUCACCCCACCCUCCGAUCAGCUGGCCAGCCUGGUCAAGAAGAUCGAGGACAACCCGUCGAACGUCGACCUGUCCGAGUUCACCCCAGUGUGCAUCGCCAGCGCGUUCAAGAAGUACUUGCGGGAGUUGCCGGAUCCCUUGAUACCGGUGAAAUGGUACGACAAGUUCAUUUCGGUCUCCAGCUCCAAGAAGGGCAACGAGGAGUGCACCUCCAUACUGAAGCAACUCAUCGACGAUCUACCCGAACACCACAAGAGCACCUUGAAAUUCAUCAUGAUCCACCUUUGCAGGAUGUGCCAAAUGGAAUUCGCCAGGGGUAACAAGAGCCCUCCGACGGUGCUCAUUCAAGUUAUGUGUCAUAUAUUCCUCAGACCACCAUGGGAACAUAUAAUCCAAAUCGUUUGCAAUACGCAAGCCCAUAACCGUAUCGUGGAACUGUUGCUGUUGUCUUGCGAGUGGGGAGAAAAGCUACCCGAAUUCGCGACGGCCCCGAGCCUGCCGCCGAAGAAAGUCUACAACAGGAUGGGAAGCAGCCUGCACGACGUCGGCAUGGACAAGGAGAAGAGAAACGCGGUCUCGUUAAGCGAGGCCGAGUGGUACUGGGGCGACAUCACGCGUGAGGACGUCAACGAUUUGCUCAACGAACAGGUCGACGGCACGUUCCUCGUCAGGGAUGCGUCGAGCAAAUGCGGCGAGUACACCUUGACGUUGCGUAAGGGUGGUGCCAACAAGCUGAUCAAGAUAUGCCACAAGAACGGGAAGUACGGGUUUACCGAACCGUUGCUCUUCACGUCGGUAGUCGAAUUGGUCAAUCACUUCAGGCACCACUCGCUGUCGCAGUACAACGCUUCGCUGGACAUUAAGUUGCUGUACCCGAUAUCCAAGUUUAGCGUCGAGGAGGAGAACGCCAAGACGCAGAACUUGGAUAUCUUGUGCGAUGAAUUUAAGAAGAUCGACCGCGAGAUCAUAUCGAAGAACAAGUCGUUGCAGGAGUGGUCCAAGAUCCACACCGACAACAUAUCCGAGAUACAAAACAAGAAGAACUCCCUGGAGGCGUUCAGGGAGAUCGUUAAGGUGUUCAAGGAGCAGACCAAAAUCCAGGAGAAGCUGUGCAACGAGGCGCAGCCGCACGAAAUCAAGAACCUGAAAAUCAACUCGGGGUUGCUCAAGGAGAGGCAGAAAAUGAUGGAGGAGGCUUGCGAGCAGUUGGAGAAGCAAGUCCAACGAAUGGAAGCUUACAAUAGAUCUGUUGUUAGAGAACUGAAUAGUAUUAGACCCGAUAUACACAUUUUGAGCAAGAAGCGUCAAAAACACGUGCGUUGGCUGCAAGAGCGAGGGCUCAGCGUCACCAAACUGAACCAGUACUUGAAUAGAAACUCCGAGAACGAGGACGAUAGGUGCGAGACGAUUGAGGAGUGGGACCUCGACACCCUGCCGCACAAUGACGAAAAGACCUGGCUGAUUAGGGACUGCUCCAGGGAGAGUGCCGAGAAAAUGUUGGACAAGAAGCCGGACGGCACCUUUUUGAUUAGAUACUCGUCAAGACUGAACAAGUAUGCACUGUCUAUUGCCUGCAACGGCAACACGAACCACUGCAUUAUUGAUCAAUCAAAUAGGGGAUACGGCUUCACUGAGCCGUACAACAUUUAUCCCAGUCUCAAGGACUUAGUAUUGCAUUAUGCCACCAAUUCAUUGGAAAUCCAUAACGAUUCUCUUAACACGGUUCUGCGAUACCCGAUCAACGGACAGUACUUAUACUAUGCAGAUGAGGGGGUGUACCUAAGUUCCAGUUCCUACACAUAAAAUACGGAGUUUUGUGAUAGUUAAAAAGCUGCUGUGACUUUUUUAUUCCCAUGUUAAAAUAAUGUGAUGGUGAUAAUUUUAAAAAACCCUAACAAAUUUUUAUCGAAAAGUAUGUAUUAUAUAAAAUUUAUAUUUACAUAUGCGGCGGGAACUUUCAUUUGAUCCUUCAGUUUAAACACUUUCAAUUUUAAUUAUGUUGUAGUUCUGCCAAAUGUUGUGGUGGACCUUCCUCAAUUAAAGAAAUUAAAUGUAACGUUUCCGGCCUAGAUGUACUGAAUUGGAGUCAUUAUUGCCUUGCCCGGGGAUGCGGAUCAAGUUGCGCCGCCGUACUUUUGGGUUUGAUCACGAAGCUAUGAAACAUUGUGCCAUUUUUUCACGUUAACAACUGCGGGCAAUUUGAUGAUGCAACUUGGGGGGCGACAACUAAAUAAUGAACGAUUCACGAACGUACUUUUAAAGUGUGAGGGUGAAAUUGAAAGUAUUUCUCUGUUCACUUGUGGGGUUUUAAUGAAAGUUCCACAUAUACAUGUGACUGGUUUACAAUUGAAAAAAAUAUGAACAGUUUAUAUAAUUAUUUACCAGGAUUAAAUUGACUGUGAUAGUGUACUAAAGAAACAAGUUUAGAAAUUCACAUGGACAUUUAUGAAUAUUAGCACAGAAAAUAGUGAGUGAGUGAUAAAUAUUUGAAAACAGGCCGGACUUGUAUCAAACAAUUUUAGGCUAAUUCCGACGUUCAAAAAAAUUAAAAACAAAAAAAAUACAGUUAUAACUUUUUUUAUUUAACAUUAAUUGUGUCGAAAGCAAAUAGAAUCCUUAUGUUUUAGUUUCUUUUUAUCAUGAAUGUUACAGCUUAGCUGCAUAUAAUAAUAAUAAUAUUAAUAAUCGUUUUUUGAAUUUUGGAAUUUUAGCGUGUUUCGGAACUAUAACGCUACAAGAUGCGUUUUAGCAUCCACGCCGAUGUGUUUUAGACAUCGGUCCGAAUGGUGCAGCCAAUCUACACAGUACCACACAAAUGUUAAGCAACACGUUUUAAACGUUACAUUCGGUUGUUUAAUGUUUAAUGAAUUUGCGCCAGGCCAUUUCUUCGUCAAAAGACGACAAUAAUAAGCGUGUAUAUAUGUGUGUUUAAACGUAAGGUAACUUGUAAUGGGUAUUUUCCAAUUGUUUAUGGAUUCUUAAAGGAAAAAUUAAUGCUGUCAACGUACAUUCUUUGCGAUUAAUUGGAUAUUGCGAGACGUAAAUUCAUAUUCUUUAUUGCAAGGUUGAAAAUUAAACAGGUUUAUCUCUUACAUUAUUAUUCAAUAUGUAUGUGGAAAAUUCAAUGCAUAUUUUAAUUAUCGUUUAUUUGACAACCCACCUUUCAGAAUCGUAAUAAGUUAAUAAUAAUUAAUUUGAGGAGUACAUUUUUAUUUUGUUACAUGGAUAAAUUACCUAUUGCACAUUUGAAUCUGUAAAUAAACGAGGAACCGAGUACUUUCCACUGUCUUAUUAUUGUUGUUUUCCAAAUUUAAUGUGUCUAUCCUGGCCUGUAUCUUGCUGUAGUUCGAGGAUGUUGUUUUAGAAUUGUAUGGUGCUGUAGGCUUAUAAGACUAGGGUCACUUGCCGUUUUUGUUGUGUUAAACUAUAUGUGUGAUGAAAAAUAUGUAAAAUGCUCGUUACCAUAUGUUUUCAAUUUUUGGUAGCAAAGCAUUGGAAGUGACCAUAUGAAGGAGAUGAUUAUGCCAAGCCCACAAAAUUAUUCUAGUGAUCUGUCUUUAAGAUAUUUUUGUUAUUCUGCAUAAUGUAUAUUACCUGGUACUUUAUUUGCUUAUAAGAAAAGCAUUCUAGAUAACACAAAAAUUUAUAUAUAUAUAAAUAUCUAUAUAUAUUAUCAUAUAUAUCAUAUAUAUAACUUUGAAAAAAAAUGUGAUGUAAUUAGUUGUAUUUGUGCAAUGUUGUAGUUUAUAAACAGUUUACAUUCAUUUAUUUUAGUAUUUAUUUAUAUUUUAGUAACGUUUGCUUGCAAAUUUUAAAGAGUACAAACUUUUGUAUUAUUUUAUAUCCAAUACUUUUUAUAAAUCACUUUAUAAAAACGUGCAGAUUUUAAUUUAUUUUGCGAAGUUCUUUAAUUUUUUUUUUUCUUACGCUUCUUUUUAAUUUCUAAGCAUUUUUGUGAUGUCCACAAACCAGCUGAAUUACGGAUUGAAUGUGCACUGUUAAUUCAGUAUUUAUUAUGCAUAUGAACAGGUGCAGAAAUAUCUAGAAUGUUUUUUCAUUUUAUUUCCUACUGCUAUUAAUGGAUAAAUAUAUGGAAUUUUAAAGAACUUGUUGAAAUAUAUUUGAUGAUACAUGUCAACAGUUUUUAAUUAUAGUUAAUGUUAUAUGUAACAAUUGAAGCCAAUAGACUGCUUGUUCAUACAAUUCGUGUACAUAUUGAAAAUGGACCCUUGGUAUAAAGUUCAGAGCUUUAUAAACGUGCAGGUUGCAUCUGUUUCAUAUAAAACUUUUGCCCGGUUCAACCAUUAUAAAACUUACUGAUAAAUUCAGUCAAUUUGAAGUUCAUAAUGAUGUUGUUGUCAAUUCUCUCUUAUAUCAAACAGCAUGUAACUUGCUAGUGGGAACAAUUUACAAUAUUUCAUUUUUAUAAAGAUAAUUGUGUCGAGUUCUGGGAGAACUAGCCGUACUAGUAUGUCUUUAUAAAUUUUCCAUGGCUAACAUAGUUGUUUAAAAGUAAUUUAUACCUCUCAGUCUUUAAAAGACUUUUACAAAACUGUGUUUCUGAAGGGAGCAAAAUCUUAAACACGACAUUGCAUAACAAGAACAGGUCCAUAAUUAUAUAUAAUUACAUUUUGUGAUGAGAUUUUAUUAUUUUACCCCUUCAUUGCUCUUUAUAUAUAUGUAAGUCCACAAAAACUCAUGUACAACUAAUCCAUUUUAAAACUAGAUUUAAUAUUUGAUAGUGUUUAAAGAUUUUAUUAAGGUUUUGAAUAUAGUAUUUUUUAAAUUUGUAAUAAAACUGUUCUUAUACUGUUGAAUGUCAUCUCAAAUAAAAAAAUAAUUAAAACA